AUGGAGCCCGUCAUCGAACCCCCACACCGCUAUGCAUUCAGCUUCGCCCUCAUUGGCGUCGAGGCACCAGCUCUCCAGGGUCAUACACUACUUCGCGUGCAGAAUUGGAGCUCGGGCGCAGCAAUCAAGGAUCGACGGGUUGGCACAACAGCAGAAGCCUCAUCAGAAGAGAAGACGAUGGCGGACAACGACCAGAAGGAUCUAGGUCUUUGGGUCGGGGUUCGACCAGCCAGGGCAGAUGUGUUGCGCCAACAAGCUGCGAAGCCUGUUGGUAACGACACCGAGACACAGGCAGCUCUCGCCGUACUCAAGAACAUCCCGAUCAAAAAGGCUUCAUCAGUAGAUUCAGUCAUGCGCCUCGACAGCCUUCCAAUCUGGCCACUGAAGGAUGGUAUGACACGGGUGGUCGUCCGGUACAACUCUAUACAAGCAGAUCGUCUGCUAUUCUACGAGCUAAUCAAUCGCGACCCGUUGACCAACCUAUGCGAAGCACACCCCAUCGAGGCUCAGGACUGCUUCUUCUUCCGUCGGUAUCGAGUCGACAAGUUAUCCACAUGGGUUGACCGUCGAAACAAAUGGACUCAGGUGAUCAAGGAACACCUCGCAGAACACUUCAACACGCCUCUCAAGAACGAAGGCUUCCGCCCUGCAAGGUCACAUGCGCGUGUUGAGUUCCCGCUCGAGAUCAGCGUGGGCGUCGACCUGCAAUCGAUGGCCAAUGAGUACGCCGUGACGGGCGCCCCUUGGCUGCUGGACGCGAUGGAGCGAGCCGUUCUGAGGUCAGAAGAAGACUUCAAGGAUGCAGAGAUUCCUCAACUUAUCGCCAUCUACCGUCUCAUAGAUCUGCACCACGAGUUCGAAGACGGCGACGCGAAAGAGGCUCACCGCUGGCUCACGGACAUGUUUCCUGGCCUAGUGAAGACCGGCACAUUGACACCCGAGAACGUCUCCAAAUACGCAGCAUACCUCCGCGACACCGAGACCCGCGUCACUUACGGCGACAUCCGCACAGGCUUGGGGGCGUACCUCUGUCUGCUAGAUGACAAGACGAUUGCUACAGCCACCGACUCUGCGAUCGCCAAAGAGAUUGCGCUGAUGCGCCUUUAUAUGAAUGAGGAAGUCCAGGGACCGCCUCCAAAGUGCACCAAGGUGAACACCAACCUAGAGCACUGGCUCAGCGACCACGUCAGGAUGAUGCAACGCAUCGUGGACGCGCAUGCCGACUCUCUCACAGGUAUUGUCGACUACCACGGCACAGCCGCAUGCCCCGACAACCUAAAUGACCUCUGGAAGAACGCCGGAAACUCGCCUGAUACCGACGGAGCCAAGUUCUUCGCCUUGCAGGCCAGCCGGUUCUUCGCCAAGGAGAUGAUCGCAAAGUACGAUGUCACGACCAAGAACAUCGAGAAAUACAUACAGAUGUGCAAGCAAGCGCUCAAGGACCUUGCUGCUGGGGGCGACGAACCUGCUGAGGAAGAGGAAUGA